AUGUUCUCCAAGACUUCAGCCGCCCUCAAGGGCGAAGUCUCUGGUCACAAGAACCUCCGUGUCGCUGUGGCACAGGAGAAGGCCAGUAAGGAUCACGUCAAGGGUUUGAUGGAGUCUGACAUGGACGCACAUGAGCUGUACAGCUACUGGGCCGACGAUCAUGGCGAUGAGGGCAUCGCUUCCGUGGCCAAAUCCCUUCUUGUUUUGGAAAAGGAGUGGCACCAGUGCCAGGGCAUGCUCGUCACGGCCCUCCGCAACAAGAAGGAAUUCACCAACCGCCUGCUCGCGGCUGAGAAGAACGUGUCCGAUCUGCACAAGGCGUUUGUCAAGGCCGAGAAGAACGAGCAACACGCUGAGAAGGAGCUCGAGAAGGCUCGCGGCAAGGAUCCGUCCAAGACCACAAAGGCUGAGGCCAAGUUCAGUGACGCGCAGCGCCAGAAGGAGGAGGCCGAGCAGGCCUAUGCCAAUGCGCGCGACAAGGAGCUCAAGGAGUGCCGCCGCGAUCUGCGCAAGGCCUGGCUCGAAUAUUACCGCAUCAAGGCCCGCGUCUACGAAGAAGGCGCAGCGGCUGCUCGCGAGUGCGCGGAGAUUGCGGAGCUCCUUCCCGAGGAUGUGGAUGAGGGCUUCAACGACACGCUCAAGAAGGAGAGUGAGCAAAUCGCCGAUGAGACGCGUGCCAAACUCGAAAAGAUGCGCCACGAGGAUGAAAUGCACAUCUCCAUCACCCCGCAGCACGUGCACCAGCAGGCGUAA